UCCGCUGCAGUAGCAGGACGUGUUCAUUGUACAAGCUAUUCUGAAAGAAUUACCGCGGCUGUUGAGGUGAAGUCUAUGAAAUACGUGAUGUCUUCAAAAUUGUUUAAUCAGUGAAAGACGAUUGAAGUGUUCCGAUUUCGUGUGAUAUGUGAACCGUUUAGAGCUAUAUGUAUGAAUGAUAGAAAAUUAACGGUUGCGUUAUAUCAGUUUAGGAAUUUCGUUCGCUAGCAAUAGCUACUUAGCUAGCAAGCCACCUUGAGGUCCUGUCUCUUUCUUGACAUUCUAGCCUGUAUUGUGGUAUGGGUUCCUAGCUUGACGACGAAACUCAGUACAGCGUCCUUUCAUUACCUUUUCGCAUUGGUUUAAUAUAAAAUCAGUUGUUACGACGAUAACGAUUGUCUGUAGAAGAAAGUGGCCAUUCAAGGACGACAGAACGUUAUCAGUGGCUUUUACAAGAAGAUCCCCAAACCAACUAUCAUGAACGGGUUCAGCACAGAAGAAGACAGUCACGAUGGACCUCCGGCUCCGCCGUUUUACGGCCAGACUUGUUGUUUGAUUGAGGACGGUGAGCGCUGCGGACGAUCAGCUGGAAACGCUUCCUUCAGCAAGCGGAUCCAGAAAAGCAUAUCGCAGAAAAAACUAAAGCUGGACAUCGACAAAAGUGUCCGACACCUCUACAUAUGCGACUUCCACAAAAACUUCAUCCAGAGUGUCCGUAACAAACGGAAGAGGAAGACGAGUGACGACGGAGGGGAGUCUCCUGAUCAUGAUGUGGAGGUGCCAGAGGUGGAUCUGUUCCAGCUUCAGGUGAACACUCUGAGACGCUACAAGAGACACUACAAGCUCCAGACCAGACCUGGCUUGAACAAGGCCCAACUGGCUGAGACGGUCAGUCGCCACUUCCGGAAUAUCCCAGUGAACGAGAAGGAGACUCUCACAUACUUCAUUUAUAUGGUGAAGAGCAGCAAAAGCCGACUGGACCAGAAAUCAGAGGGCAGCAAACAGCUGGAAUAAAGGCCACCGAUAAGUCUUGGACAUGAACAUGUGUGUUUGAUGAGGUGUUUCCGCCAGGCAGCCUAAUCUGAUUUCAGACCGUUGUCAAGACUCUCCGCGGGUGAUGUAAUUCUGUAAUGUGAAUAUGCCGAUAUGUACAAAACAGGACGAGUAUGAGUAUCAGCAACACGAUAGAAUGCAAUGUCUGAGAACUGCCUUAAAGAUUUGUUUGUAUUUGUUUGUAUUUUGCAUGGACUGUUAACAACUUGAAGAAAGGCUUGUGUCCAACCAGAGAGUGUGCAAACUUAAUAUUGCAAUAAACUGGUCAUGGAGCA